AUGCAGUCAUCAAUAAAAGGAUCAUGUUGUGCUUGUCUGUCACAAAUUUUCUAUUAUAUUCCAGGUAAUAUAUGCUUGAUCGAUGCAGUAUUCCAUGGUACAGUGUUCCGUUCAAAACGACAAACACACAUUUAUGAUGAAUCACUGAAGCAAUAUGCAAGACCGCAUUCAAAAACGAGGAUUAUGACCGGUACGGUUGGACGAUACGCACCGCAUGAAUGGCCAGACUGGUACACACGCACUUUAUUUAAAUGGAAUGGGGAAUUUCGUAUGGGACCGUAUCAUCCAAAUGAUGUACGCUAUGAAAGAUAUCAGCGUUCUAGAAUUCAAAGCACGGCUUUCAAUAAGCUACAUCGGCUGUAA